CCGAGUGGGAAGCCAAGCCCUGAGGGAAGGCUAUCACCGCCUUAACUGUGUGGACUCUGGUCUGUGGCAGGAGGCUCUGACUGACCGGUUUGUCACGUUAAACAUGGAUGAGACCUUGGUGAUCCCUGCGUUGGUGGCUGUUUUCGUGGUGGUCGGGACCCUGCUCUACUUCCUGCUGGGUUCUGCAGGUGAGAGGAAGAAGAAGCUGCCCGUCACUCUCCAGGAUCCUACAGUGAAAUAUCCUCUCCCACUUGUACACAAAGAGGAAAUCAGUCAUGACACAAAGAAAUUUCGGUUUGGCCUUCCAUCUGGAAGUCACAUCCUUGGACUGCCAGUAGGUCAGCACGUGUACCUGUCAGCCAAGGUGAAUGGCAGCCUGGUGGUUAGAGCCUACACUCCAGUCUCCAGUGAUGAGGAACAAGGACACGUUGACCUCGUGGUUAAGGUCUACUACAAGAACACCCACCCAUCCUUCCCAGAUGGAGGGAAGAUGUCGCAGUACCUGGACAACAUGACCAUUGGAGACACUGUUGACUUCAGAGGACCCAAUGGACUCCUGGUGUAUGAGGGCAAUGGUCAGUUUGCCAUCCGACCGGACAAGAAGUCAGAGCCAAAGGUUCGGAAGUUUAAGCACGUGGGAAUGAUUGCUGGUGGAACAGGUAUCACUCCUAUGCUGCAGUUAAUUCGCAGGAUCACAUCGGACCCCGCUGACAGCACCAAGUGCUCUCUCAUAUUCGCCAACCAGACGGAGAAAGAUAUCUUACUGAGGACCGAGCUGGAGGAGGUGAAGAAAAACCAUCCUGACAAGCUCCAGCUGUGGUUCACACUGGACAAACCUCCACAGAACUGGAGCCACAGCUCAGGAUUUGUGACCUACGACAUGAUCAAGGAUCACCUCCCCGCUCCGUCCACCGACGUCCUUGUCGUCCUCUGCGGCCCGUCGCCUAUGAUCCAGAAUGCCUGUAUGCCAAACCUGGACAAACUGGGACACAGAACGGAAAACAUCUUUACAUACUAGCAUCACAUCAUCCAGCUACAAAAUCACCAUUCUGCUGGUGAUGUUCCUCCUAUUCAAAACCACAAACAAUAUACACAUACAAUAUCCUGAAUUAAGUUAUUCUGUCAUUUCACAGCUUAAUUCCUCAAAGUGCUGCCUAAUCCAUGAGCAAAGGUGCCCAUAAAAAACCUCACAUGUAUUUGAAGGAAUAUACAAGCCUUCAUUCAGGUUCAAAUGUUUUGCUGCACACCAGCCAUCACUGGAAGUGAUACUGCUACGUGGUACUUCUACUCCACUACAUUUUUGACAACUUUACUUACUGUACUUAAUAAAACAGAUUAUUGCUUACAAAUGUCUCAGAUCGAUUAAACAGGAUUCCAUCCAUCCACCCACUUCCUGUUUAUCUAAUGAAAUAUGCAAAUAAUGCUGAAUGAACCAGACCAGAAUUAUUGAUGACCUAUCCAAAGGUACACCCGCCUCUCGCCCUGUAACUGCUGCAAUAAGCUCCAGCAAACCCCGGACCCUAAAGUGGAUGAUGAUAAUAAUAAUGACUCAUCCAUGAUACCUGUAAGUAUCUCAGUAAUUUGAAUUUACUGUUAAUCAUUUUGGAUUGGAAACAAUAAGAAAAAUCAUUAAAAUUGUAAAAAGAAAAUAUACAUAAUAAUAAUAAAUUGCUGUACCCCACUAGCUACAACUGUAAAAGGCUUCUUUACAUGAAUGCAACACUGGUAACAUCUUUCAUGUAACAGUGUGUCUGUCACUGGGCCUUUGCUCUAAAUUGAACACUUCUGCCACAUAUACACAUUUGUCUGACUGUACUCGUGUACUUUUGCUCUAGUAAAAUUCUCAUUGUUGAACUUUUACUUGUAAAUGAGAUGUAAAGUGUGACAUAAGUACUUUUUCUGAUGUAGCAGAUCUGAAGCUUUCCUCCACCCCUGACAAUAACUAAUCUUGAUGCUGUUUGGUAAAGUAUGAUCACAAUCUCUGUAGCAAAUGAGUCUUUAACUGUGGUUAAGAUCAUUUUAUCAAUAAUGUGCAGUCUCCAUAAUGUUUGAGUCACAGUUUUUUGUAGUUUUGCAUCAACUGUUUACAAAUUACAGACGUUUUUAUGCACAGUUCCCACUUUCACAGUCUCAACAAACAAAUUUAAAUAAAAAGACUCUUUUUAAUACUUUGGUGAAAAAAAAACUUUGCAUCCAGUUUCUGCCUGAAGUCUAGAACUCAUAGACAUCCCCAAAUGUUUCCAUUCCUCCCUUGAGUUGCUCAGCUGGACCUGUGCUGCAGCCGCCUUCAGUUGUUGCUUGUUUGUGGUUCUUUCUGCAUUCAGUUUUGUAUUUAAUGAUGGAAAAGCUGCUCUGUUGGGAUCACUUGGCCAUUGAGGAAUAUUACAUUUAUUUACCUUGAGAAACCCUUGGGUUGCCUUUGCAGUAUACUUUGGGUCAAUAGCCAUUUGCACCGUGACUGUCUGAUCAGUUUUGCAGCAUUUUGUUUGCACCUUGUUGUAAACCCUCCGUUUCCAUCCAUGAAGGUGUCUCUUGAUUGUAACCUUUGACAGUGACACACCUGCCUCCUCAAAGGUGUCCUUGACUUGGUUAGAUGUUGUGAAGUUGUUUUUUUAACCAUGGAAAUAAUUCUGCCAUCGUUCACUUGUCUUCUAUGGUCCUUCAGGCCUUUUGGUGUUGCUGAGCUGGCCAGUGGAUUCAUUCUCUUGUUGAUUCGGACGCGUCUAAAGUUUUUGCUCUCUCUGGGUUUCCUAGCUGCCCCCUGCUUCACGUGUUGUGUUAUGUGUGUGCUAUGUACUGCAUAUGUGACGAUUUAAAUGCAGAGACUGAAUUUCACUGCAUGUAUGUGUAUGUGACAAUAAAAAAGUUGUUCUGUUCAA